AUGAUGGACCAUCCCGCUACUGGGAUGCUCGGUGCAGACGGCAUCCAUGUUGAUAUGAACCACCUGAAGAAGGGCGAGGUUAACCUCGGAACAUCAAUCAUGGCCAUCAACUUCAAAGACGGUGUCAUAUUAGGAGCCGACAGCCGAACGACAACUGGCGCUUACAUUGCGAAUCGAGUGACGGACAAGUUGACCCAAGUGCACGACACCAUCUGGUGCUGUCGAUCAGGAUCUGCCGCGGAUACUCAGGCGGUCGCGGACAUUGUUCACUACUACCUCCAAAUGUACGACAUUACCAACAACGAGCCCCCGACGACUCAGACGGCCGCUUCUCUCUUCCAAGACUUGUGCUACGAGAACAAGGAUAUGCUUAGUGCUGGCAUUAUCAUUGCAGGAUACGACAAGCGCCACGGUGGACAAGUGUACUCGAUCCCUCUGGGCGGAUCUCUCCACAAACAAUCCUAUGCCAUUGGUGGUUCCGGUUCGACUUACAUUUAUGGAUACUGUGAUGCCAACUGGAGAGAAGGCAUGAAUGAGGAGGAGGGCAUCAACUUUGUCAAGGGCGCGUUGCAGGAGGCCAUCAAAUGGGACGGCAGCUCUGGCGGUGUCAUUCGACUGGCUGUGCUUACGGCAAAGGGUGCCGUAAGACAUUUAUACCUGCCCGACAAUGGAUACACGGCGCCCGGUCCGUACUGA